GUUGAGAUUUGGGAGGGGUGGGCGCCAGGUGUUGGGUUACAUCCACUCAGAGGGCCCUCCCUUCUCAAUCUGGAGAGGACGACGUCAAGUUAGACAGACAGAGCAGAGAUGGUACAGGAAAGAUGGAAACCUCACCUUCUCAAUAACAGCUGAUAGUGAGCAGGUCAGAGAGACGAAAACACCGUAUGAACUCUACUGGACCAUAUCUGACAUAAAGACGUCCUGAUUAUCCCUGAAACACAGAGUCAGAGAGACUCAGAGGCAUUUAUUUGACAUUUGCAGAAAAAAAAAACAAAACACAUUGAAACAUAGAAUAAGGCGAGUUAAAAUUAUAGUUAAGGUUAAGUAUAGAAGGUCACUGCAAGUAAUAAUAGUGAUAAUCAUAAUAAAUAAUAAAGAUAAUAACAGUAUUUAAAAACUUCUAUUUGACCCUAAGUGCUCAGACCCACAUGAAAUGAAGUACAGCUCUGAGGUUAGAGGUUAUUUAGGCUGAGGAGGUAACUGGCAGGUAGAGCAUUCGAUUGAGCGGUACCGUCUACCGGAGGGGAGAAGAACAAAAAGGCUGGAGGCGGGGUGACCGGUGUCGCUCACUGUUUUAUAUAUAUUAUAUAUUAUUGUCAGGAGGUUUUAAUUAAUAUCAAUCAUUUCACUGAAAUCAGUUCUAAUUAUAUGAGUGUUUUUACUGUUUAAAAUAAUGUUGUAUAUUUAAUGAAGGUGUGUUUGGACUUUACUCUAACAAACAGGUUAACUGGUGAUUUUAUUGAACUGGUUUUACAGUCAUUACACUAAAACUCACAUCAAUUCUAAAAGCUUCAGACCUCAGUGAUGUUUGCAUUAGAUUCUAUUUUCACUAUAGUUUUACUAACAUCUACAUUUAAUCACAGAGUCGCUCGUGUUGGUUGUUCUUGUUUGCCUCAACACUUUACUUUGAAAGUCCUAACCGGAAGCCCCGUGUCUGCUCUCGCAGGUGUUUGACGGUGUUGCAGAGAGUGUGGAGAUUGUUCGGCUGCAGAGACUCCAGCCCGGAGCGCACGCAUGUCCACUGGACUCUUAUGGUGCGAAGCUCCAGAUGAGGGACUCAGACGGCCGGGAAUGACAGCCGCUGUCACCGGGAGUGACUCUGAGAAAGUCCGCUGAACCAAGUCCUCCUGCUGACAGACCACUCUGAUCCGGAUCGGAUCCAGCCAGACCAGGAUUAUGCCAGAGAUGGAGAAAGGGAGACCACCGGAAAAUAAACGCAGCAGGAAACCUGCGCACCCCGUGAAGAGGGAGAUCAACCAGGAGAUGAAGGUGAGAGUUUGUGGACAGGUUUUUAAUCCGAGAGAAGUUCGGGCUGAAGUGCGCAGACCGAGUCCUUAAUGCGCACAAAUGAAGGCUGGGAAUAAUCAGACACGCACUUUUGUCCUGAAUGAAUGCGCUCCCUGUGUCUCCAAAUAAGAGUAAAGUUUCUGUUUUAAUCUCGUUUCUGCUGCAAAUUUGAGUUUUGAAAGAAGGAUCUCAAAGAGGAGAUGAAAACAUGAAGGUCUUAAAUGUCUUUAUUGACUUUAAAUCUUUAUUCACAUAGUGGACAGAGAGAGAGAGAGAGAGAGAGAGAGAGAGAGAGAGAGGUUGUAAUGGUAGCUGUUUUCAGGAGAGUAGAUCACCCUUCGCCUCAGUGACGCCAUGGCAGGACAGCUGUGGCCGGACGCUGAUGUCCAGUGGAGCUCCAGAUGUGCGUCACUUCUUCCCCUCUCCCGCACACUUGCUGGACCACAGAGGCUUGAUGCCUCCCCAACAAGAAAGAGAGUAUUUUUAUCUCCCUCAGUCCAACCCUGGUGGGAAAAUCAAAGUUUUAAAGUUUCUGCUGUCAGAAAAUCUUCACUUGAAUAAUCUCUGAUUUGACUUUUUGAAAAGGUUCUCGGUGAGCGGGCAGCGAGUUCAAUCACAGUAACAGACACGAGUUCCUCCCACCAUGACUAUGAGUCUUUGCCUGCAUGGAAACUAAUCCAUAGAUUGUCUGCUUUGUUUGGGUUUGGACGCCGAGUAUUCGAGAGUGUCGACUGCGGUGGUAAGAGAUACCCGGGGCUCCCUCAAGCAGGAACCCAGAAAUCUGAAAAGACAUGCUGUUUCUCGUGGGAUGAUGGGAGAUUUUGGCCUUUUCGUGAGAGAGGAAAUGUGCGCUUUUUGUGUAAGUGGUUUGGAUUGUAGCGCUUGAUAUCCAGGGGAGGUGUAGAGUUACAACUUAACUAAUUUUAAUCAAAACAUGUGAAACGCUAUCCCCGCUUGAUGUGAGCCCUGCCUGGGCUGGAUCUCAGGGUCGGCCCCGGUUUGUUGCCUUUGGCUGCAACUCUCUCUGUGGUUUGGGAUAUGGCUUGUCACUCUCACAAAGCAGAUGUUUGUCUGAACUGCCAGAAAGAAACAAAAACAACAUUGUGGGAAGUUAGGGUGGGUAGAUGAAAAAAGUCUCUCCAACAGGAAAACAGAAAACGAUCCUGAACUCUUCGUCGACAGAAGAGUGAGCAGGACAUCACCAACAUCACCAACAUCAUCAUCUUAUGCUGCGUUCCAGUUACCUCAGAAGUCAGAAUCUCUCUUUAGCCAGGCGUCUGGCUGUACGCUACUCUGAAUAAAAAUAAUUUGCUGUGUUUAUACACAGUAGCGUUCGACUAACCUCGUUAACUGAUAACCGUUUUAACCGUCGGUUAAAGAAAACACUGAGAAAAUUUAUAAUUUGUGCAUCUAUAAUCCAGAGGUCACUCACUAAAUCGUAGGCUACUAUUUAUAACCCUUCUCUGCAUAAACAGGUCACUGAUAAAAACAAAAUAACACCGUCUGAAACUUCGGUUACGGUUAGCCGUUGUUAGCCACUGUUAGCACGGCCGGCUCUGAGUUCGCAUAUACACAUGAAAGAUGUAAAUUACACUAUGACAGCAUUUCAAUAUAUAAACAUCUAAUAAUACUUUUGUCGCCCGAGCCGCAGGCUGACUUAUUACCUCAAUAAACAGUGAAAAGUGUUAAUAAAAGGAUUAUAACAGGAGCUUCAACUUACAGUUUGCGGCUGUGUUGACCGUCCGACUUCCUGAGUCAGAAACUCGACCUCAACGUUCGUUCCAGUUGAACGUUCUGACUCGGAGCUCGUGAAUUCUUACCUCCGAGAACAACUGGAACGCACCAUUACACCUAAAGUUGACGGUGUUCCAGUUAAUAAGUCGGAAAACCAAGAUGGACGCAUAUGGUUAUCAGUUGUUAGCUGUUGUUUACUAUCGUCAGCUGUCGUUAGCUGUUGUCAGUCGUUAGCUACACCAGCUGUAAAGAACGCACAACACAGUAUUUUACUCUUACAAACACCACAGCAGCGUGUUCACAGAAAGAUGUUGAGCAGAACAACAUAAAUCACUUAUUUAAUUUCACAAAAACAGAAAUAAAAGUGCGAAAAAAUAAAACGUUAUGAGAGUUACUGUUCUGCAGCGUUCCAGUUGUACUUGGAAAUCGGGAUUUCUGAGCUCCAAGCUGGACGACCCAACUGAGGUCAGAUUUCUGACUCCGAAAGUUGGAUGAUCCUCGCCAACCCCGACUUGACGACACAUUCAAGAUGGCAGCGCAGUGCAUCAGCAGUAAGCUGAAAACAAUGGCUAACAAUGGGUAACUGUAGGCGUCCAUUUUGGAUUUCCGACUUGUUAACUGGAGCGCCGACUGUCAACUUGGGUGUAACGUUAUUCUCAGCUCCGACUUCCGACUUCUGAGGGAACUGGAACGAAGCAUUACCCUUUACAGUUGAUGCACUGCGCUGCCAUCUUGAAUUCCGACAUUGUUGACAAGUCGGGGUUGGCGAGGAUCGUCCGACUUUCCGAAUCGGAAAUUCGACUUCAGGGGGGGUUCCAGAUGAAUUUCCGACUCUGAGCUCGGAAAUCUCGACUUCCGAGUAUAACUGGAACUCGGCAAUCGUCAUCAUCAUCGUCAGACCUGGAGUCAGACCAAAGCUGUGAAGAUACCGAUAACACAGAACCUUUAUCGGUACCAGCAUCAGUAUCGGCCACUUAUAUCGGUGAUUCCCGAUGUCGACAUCAACCGCUGCUCUGAUUCAAGAUCACAUUUCAGCACCCCUACAAAAAAAUGAAGCUGUGCUAAGCUAGCGGUGCUAUGUUGGACCACCAUGACUUAAAUCUAACAAAAACACGAACAGGAAGUUUUUUUCAACAGUGACAUGUUUCCUCAGAUUCACACGACUUAAAGAAGAGUCCGGUCUCAGAGACGUCCACUUUUCAAACAAGUCAAACUGAUAAAAACGGCCGAGGGAACGUGACAGAGAGAGAGAGAGAGAGAGAGAGAGAGAGAGAGAGAGAGAGAGAGAGAGAGAGACAGACAGGAAGCCAGGAAAAGGGAUUUUUGGCUCAGCUGGGGUUCAGCCCGGUGUUGUCUCUGUAAUACAUCUGUUUCAACACCACAUUCGGACCUACUCCCUCCACGUCAGACCCGAGCGCAGCACCAGACACCGGAUACCUCACUUUAAUCAUCGUUAGGCAUAUUUAGCUGGAUAUGAUACCUCUGCUUGCACUCACCCACGCACUCUCCCACACACACACACACACACACACACACACAGCAGAAAGUGAGCAAGCAAGGGAGAGAUCCAUUUCUUUCUGAGGCCCGAGUGCAGAGCAGAGGUCGGCGCGAGGAAAGCAGGGGAAAGAAUGUGCAGUCAGUACUACAGCGCUACAACACCAACACCACCACCACCACCACCACCACAGCAGGCCGGGCCGAGCUGGAAAAGGGUGAAACCUGAGAGGCAGAGCUGGGUCGGGUGUCAUGGCUGGAAGGUGGAGGGGAGGAUGGUGAGGAUGGGAGGCGGAAGGGGCGAGGAAGAGAGACAAGGGGAGGGACAGGGGAAGCUGGGCAGAGAGAGAGAGAAUGGUGGACAUUGGAGAGAGAAGAGGAGUGGGGCAUUUCCGAGAACCGUGGGACCUCGCUGUGGUGUAGGGUGUCCCGCUCUGAUUUCUGCCCGUUCAGGAUCAGGUUUCUCCUCCAAUCCGGUUCUCCCAAAGCCACAGAGAGAGGUGGGUGGAUAAAGAGAGAGACCUUUGUGUUUUUUUUUUUUCAUCUGGUCGUAAUAAAAAAAAAAAAAGAGAGAGAGAGACCACACAUCCCAUCUGUGGAGAAGAGUUUUCUUUUCUGCCUCUUUUUUCCAAUUAAGAGAGAUAAACAAAGGAUGAUUCAUAGAUUUCACACUGGUGUUAGGUUUUAAACCUUUCCGUCUCAGAUUUAGCAAGAGUAAACAACUUGAACACAUCAUGGAAAAAGCGUCAAACUGUACUCCACUGUGCCCGUAUUCAUUUCCAGAGUGGGCCGAGGCUGAGACAGAAUCCCUCACAUUGAUUCAGAGAAGGGAGGUCUGAUUAUGUUUAACGUAGGAUAAAAAGUUCCACUAACAACUCUAAGAUGUACGCUCACAGUUUCCCAGUCGCAGGCAGGCUGUGGCUCAGAUACCCUAUCCUUUUACAUGGAAGUUUAAUCAGUGAUUUCUUCUUCUCCUCUUUUUCUCAUGCAGACGUUCGCAGAAAGCACCAUGAACGAGCUGCUGGGAUGGUACGGCUACGACAAGGUCGAUCUGCGAGACUCAGAGGCCAACGAGAUCAGGAACUACAGAGAGAGGAGACAGCAUGUGUCUGUGCUAAAAGGUGAGGGCAGGUGUGGAAGUCUUCUUGAAUUUACUCCAGCAGGUUCUGCAGGUUCAAGUACAGACAUUGAGUCACUGUUCAAAUCUGCCAGACGUACUGCAGAUACAGUAUCUUCUCUGGUUUCAUUCAUUCAGGUACACCUAUUGUUUCUCAGCGUUUUUUCAGCUCAGAGCAGAUGUAUUACAGUAUCCUGGAUGUGCACGGAUGUUAUCGUGUUACAUGAAAUUCAAAGUAACAGCAUACUUAUUCAUGUUUUUCAGAAAACUCGUUGCCAAAACAGAAAAGCCUGGAAACCAAGGCGGGUCACUCAGUCCUGGCUAUGAAGAGUACAGAAAGAGAGUCGUCCAGUGUCCCCUCCUCUUCACCAUCCUCAUCCUCAACAAGCUCAACCCUGACAACCCCCAAAGAGCACAAGAGCGCCCCCGUCAUCGUGCCCCUCAUCAAACCAUCAGCAGGUACAGGCCUACUGGACUCCCACUAAGAAAUGAGACUCAAGGCUUCAGCAGUCAUGUCUGAGGUUUCACACGUGCACAAAUAAUCCAUCACCAGUACUGGGCUCAUAUGUGAGGGUUCAGAGGUCAAGGUUCAGGAACAGGAAGUUUGAAUUACAGCAUUUCAUCAGGGGUCUAGACCAUUCUAAGAUGGCGCCUGAUUCUCCGUUUCUCCUUUUGUUUUCAUAAUACAAUAAAAUAUAAUACGGCACGUUACGUUAUGAGGCGAAAUGUAAUGUAAGGUUACUUUAUUUAGUGUUAUGACACAUUACAUUAUGAUACGAAAUGUUACGUUAAAUUAUAAUUUUGUAAUGUAAGGUUAGGUUAUGUCAUGUUUUGACACAUUACGUUACAAUAUGAUAAAUUACGAGUACAUUGCAGUACAAUGUGAUUUAUUAAGUUAUGCUACAUUCACAACAAAUGUACGGGUCCUUUGAUAAAGGAUCUGCUAAAUAACGUUGUGUAAUGUGUGUGAAAAAUUGUUAAUUCGACAUGAUUUUAAACUGAAAUUAACUAAAGACAUUGUGAUAAUUUAGGUUUGUCUACAGAGCCCAGACUGUGAAAAUAUCACUGAAAUAAUACAACAAAGUAAGGUUUAAAUAAUGUAUUGAAAUAAUUAUAACAGGAAACAAGGUGUAAAGUGAUUCAACAAAAAACAGGUAUUCUUUCUAUUAAGUAAAUAAUCCAAAACUUAGACCAAAAAGGAGGAACAGAAACCAAAUAAAAAUCCACGUGUUCUUCCACAGUCUGAGAGUUCUUUGUCAGUCUUUGGUUUGAAAUUAAAUAAUCCUCAAAUAAUCCUUAAACAAUCCAAUCUUUCGUCCUACCACUUAAGUUAAAGGAGGUGGUGGUUCAUCUCCAGUUUGCUCGCCAUCUCAGUUCAGUCGUAGUAAAAAGGGUCACCAAAAAAACCCUGAGGGGUACCUAAGGGUCAUAGAAAAAAAAAGUCAACGAUACAAAAACACAGUACAUGAACUCCAAUAAAUGUUUAAAUGAUUAAGUAAUAUUGAUUUAAAUUAACCUAACAUGAAAAAAAAACCACAAUAACCAUAAUAAAUUAACCUUACAGUGAGAAAAUGACAAACCGGCAACAAAAAUAACCACAAAAUCAACCUUCACCAAAAGAAUGAACCAAAAAUCAAACAGGAAACAGCGCCUCGCGUACAAAGACGCCCUGCCUUAAAUUGCCAUUUUUCCCCAUGGGGUUUGGUCUGUUGCGCUCGUCGCCGUUUGUGCGGAGCUACGUGACUAAAAUAACAACAAAAACAAAUGCUAACAAAGAUAACUGAGGUGAGACUCACCGUGAGUGAAUGCGGUAGUCUUUUUAGCAGCAUUCAGCGGUGUCUGUUCUCGCGCCAUGCCGCGCUCCCGUUUGAAGAAACAAAAGGAAGUGAUCUGUGAUCGGGAUAUUGAUGAUCGGUAACCUGAGCUCUGAUUGGUUUAUUGUCGAGGCGGAAAUGAGGUUAUGGAUUGUGGGGGAAAAAAUAUCAAGUAAUAAAUUAAUCAAUUUGUUGAUUUGAAAUCACAUUUUUAUUUUGACAUUAAUUUUUCUUUUUAAUCUAAGUUACAAUUGUAACAUCAAGUUAUGAAACAUUAUGUAAACUAGCAUAUCUGCGAUUAGAUGUGAGACAAUAUGAAGGCUAAGUUACGCUUAGAUGAGUUAUGAUAUAUGUCGAUACAAAAGUUUACAAUGGGUUCAGUCACAAUACAAUAUAUUAAGUUAUGAUACAAAGAAAUUGAUGGUACACAGUACUAUACAGGAAAUAGUGGGCUGUAUUUUAGUAUGAUAUGGUAUCAAACAACACAUUUUGUUCAUGUGGGUAAAUAUAUGAAGUGUAAAUCUUACUCCAAAGAUAAAGCGCUAAAAAGGACCUUUUUCAGUCCCAACAAAGUUACGAUGAAAUUUCACUGGCCCUCCUUUAUAAACUGUAACUAACUAUAAACCUCCUUUUGGUAUUAAAACACCAAAAGUGAAGUUGACCCUGAAAUAGAGAGUAUUGGUUCUGUCUGGCUGUUCAGACACAGAAGUGUAGAUCUACAGUAAAGUGAUAGAGUUGCUCUAAAAGGUAAAUAUGAACAUAGAAAACUGAAGAUUAAAGAACCUUUGAGUCUGACUUAUUGUUUCAUACCCAUGUGAGAGAGAACAGAGCAAAUAGAAAUCAGGUCCAUGAAUGCACAGACAGCAGAGUAUAUUUAUACAGCAGAUAGAAAGAACUCUAUCUGGAACAGGAACUCUGUACUGCUCAAAGCCUCUCUAAUUAGUUCCUGGUAGAAUAAAACAUAUUCCUUAUCAGAGACAGAGAUACAGGACCUGUUCCUGAUGAAAAGGACACAGCUGACGGUUUCUCACUGAGCUUUAGUUCUUCAUAAAAAGGAAAAGUUAGCUGUGAAAUCAAAAGGUGAAACCAUCAUCUGAACCCAACAGCCCCACAGUCUCUGACUGUUUUUUUUUUUUUAACAAAACUGCAACCUUUCAUUAUCUGACUUUGACUUUGGUUCUUUUCCCCAUCAGUGGAAGACGUACAAAAUGUGCAGAUUGUGUGUGUUUGGUGCCAGAAAGAAGGAGUCAAACGCUACUCUCUGUGUAUGGGCUCAGAGCUGAAGAGCUUCUGCAGUGAGAAGUGCUUUGCAGCCUGCAGACGGGCCUACUUCAAACGCAAUAAGGUCAGUGGUAAUGGAAGAGUGUGUGACCUUUAAACGAGACGUUCAUUUAUUCAGUGAGAUCUCAGAAACUCUCAUAUCUCUGGUGUCUAUGAUGGCUGUCCUGUAGAUGUUGUGAGUGAUAAAUUCAGGUGAUUGUCAGCCCAAGCUUGUGUACGUACACACCAGCUGUUUGAGUCACGGGGCAAAGGAGACGCAGGCACCGUAGUGAAGGUAAACAAACCCUUAAAAUCAGAUCCCCCUGGUCUUUGUGGAGUCUUAAAUGAUGGAUUAUCUUACCUGAUUCAAAAGGGAAUCUUCGAAAACACACCUUCUAGUUAUUACGGAGGAUCCAGUUUACACACGGUGGGAGGGAGGUCAAAGUUUGUAGAGGACGCUUCGUAUCAGUUUCGAGUUAAUGGAGAAGGGGCCUACCAUUAAGUGGCUCUGGUCUGAAGGACAGGAAAGCUGCAUCUAUGGUGAACCGCUCAGGUGCACAUUGCCAUGAUUUUUCACCUCCCAUUACGACAUGGGUGUACUGGUUUUAGAUGUGUGGUGUGACAGCAGCUGUAUCAGCUUUCACCCUCACUCUUGUUGAUACUGUGGCAGGUUUUAUUCUCACAAUAACAGACACAAAAAAGGAGGGCCCAGCAAACUAUGUGUGCAACAAGCCCUCUAGUUUUUCGGAGGCGGGGAGGAAAGCGUUGCUGUUGGCUUGUCACUGCUUGUCUGAGAGGAAAGCCAGGAGGCCUGGGGCGAGGUGUCCACUUUCAGUGCAUACCUUACCUUCAGCUGCCUCAUGUUUCGUAACCCAACACGACUCAAUGGGUCACAGAAAUGGGGGAGCACUCAGAUCCGCAGCCGAUCAGCUUACAUGAAUCAAGAGGAAUUUCCUAUAUUAAUACCAGCAAGGCCAGUAAUAGUGUGACAAUACAUCACCUGCAUUAUCUCUGAAAAGAGCAGAGGAAUCAAAUCUGUGUCAUGAGACUGACCUCAAAGUCUUUGUGCCAAGGAUGAGGUUAAAAAGGUUUCCUACGUUAAUGCUCCACCGUUGGUUCCAGACUCUGUUUAAACUUGUGUUAUCUGUGGGUCAAAAACCUCAGGAUGAUCCCAGAGAAGCUUUUUAGGUGGGAGCUGCUACAACCAUGAGUAAGAAAAAAAUCUGUCAAAGGAGGUCUGAGAAACUGCUUCUAAGUGGUUCAUGUAAAAUGUGGUUUGUUGUGGUUUUCCCCUGACAGGCCAGAGAUGAAGACCUCCAUGGUGAGAGAUCCCCUCAGCAUCCCCAUACAGAGGACUCGCCCAGACUGGUGUUGAAGAUCAACAGCAAUGUCAGAGUAAGAGGACAAUAUCAUUGUAGCUUUAGUUUCCUGUGAACCAUGUAGAUAUUUGACAUAAAGAAGUCGGUUUUUCAUUAUGGUUUAUUUGUGCAAACAUUGUUCAGCAGAAAUCUGCUCCAUCAUUGACCCUCCACAGUCUCUCUCUCCUGUGCCACAGGUAUGUGAUUGGUGCAAGCAUGUCCGCCACACUAAAGAGUACCUGGACUUUGGAUCUGGUGAAGAACGACUCCAGUUCUGCAGCACCAAGUGUCUGAAUCAGUACAAGAUGGAUGUUUUCUAUCGAGAAGCUCGUGCAGCUCUCACCAGCUCCAGCCCGAGCAGAUCCAGCCAGGAGGGGAGGGCAGAGAACAGUCUGGGAGGGCAAAAGCUCCUCACCCCUGAUUCUUGGAACAGCAGCGGCGGUGCAGGAGAAGCUCGUCACAGGAACCUCUCCCCAAAAGUGCCUGCAUCAGUUCAUGGAUCAGCAGAAUCCACCUCUGUCUCUUCCUCAGAGGCUUCCUGUUCUGCUUCUAAGGUCGUGGUCUCUGGGCUGAGGUCUCUGGACAGACCCAUGCAGCCUCCUCCACAACCCCCUGCUGUUGAAGUACCACCCCACCCUCCAUCCCAUCAUCCUCCACCUCCUCGCCCUCUUCUAGAACAUCAGCCAGUACCUCAGAUCCCCAUGCCAUUCAUCAGACCUCCUCUUCAUGCUCAGGGUCUGAAGAGCCCCCUUGCCAACCCUCCUAGAAAUCCAGCCCCUUCUUCCAGCCCUAUCCACAGACCUCCUCAUUCCCCUCACCUGCAACCUCAGACCUCCUCAUCCAUGAAUCCCCCUGGACUGAUGCACCCUUUCCCAGGAGCAUACUUCCCGGGUUUGCACUCCCCGCCCUUGAACAUGAUGCCGAGAGGUCCUGUCCCAAUGCCUCCCAUGAUGAACUUUGGCAUUCCCUCCUUCAGCCCUCUUCUUCCCCAGCCCACAGUCUUGGUGCCUUACCCCAUCAUUGUCCCCUUACCUGUCCCAAUACCCAUUCCUAUUCCCAUUCCAGUCCCUUCAAAGGCAACCCUAGAAACUCCAAGUGUGAUUCAGCCUGUGCCAGAGGGGGGAGAGAGGGCCAGAUCCAGGACUACAAGGCCAGCAACACCAGGAAUUCCUGAAGGGAGCAGCAGAUUGAUAGCUAAUAAACUGUGCGGAACCUCACCAACUGACCCCAGCACCAGAGACACAGAUUGGGUUAAAUCUGAAAGGCCAUUCCCGUCCCCGACAUCCACGCCCCACAGUGGCACACCCUCCCCCAGAGCACAGUACAGUGAAUCACCUUGCACGGCCCCAGAGCUGGAGGGGCUGACAGACUAUAAGCCGCAAUCAGAGCGACAAGUCAUCCAGAGGGUUCUUCAAAGAACCCAAGUGAAGCUGGGGACAAGUGCCAAUGGAGUGGCUGAUUUAUCAGGACUUGGGGAGUCUGGAGCAGGGCAGGGUACCAGAUCAGGGCUCCUCAAUAUUGUCAGACCAACCCUUCCUCAAUCACAGUCCCCUUUACAUGAUACCCUCUACCACCAACAGGACCCCAGUGCCCCACGUUCAAACACACCAACCAUCUCCAGUGGGAGCAGUAAUCCAACGGAUGCCACAUCUUCUACCCUGAUUUCUCAGGACCAUGGUCCAAAUGGGAUGUCCCCCUCAACACCCCAAAGUCCAGAUUCAUCCUUAACCCAGAGAGUACCUGCACCAACCCCUGACCCUGCAGUCAGUGAGCUUGAGGCCAUCAAAGAGAACAAGUGUUCUGUUGUGGGCCCAGUGCGGGUUGAAGGUGCGGUUAGUCAGCCCGAGGAGCCCUUAGCAAUAGUCGGGGAGGUAGGAGAAGACCCCCAUGUCCCUGAUGAGGACCAUGCCUACGCCCUACCCACAGCGCCAAAAAUGGGUGGGACUACCACCCCACUGCUCUUGCCCAAGCUCAGGGACAAGGGCAGCCUGCGGAGCCCUGCUAAUAUUCCCAGUGCUGGAGACCUGGAGCCGGCUCUAAAGAGACGAUGCCUACGAAUUCGAGAUCAGAAUAAGUAGAAGAACAAGGUGAGAGACUGCACUGGUAACAGAAUUCACCCGGUUUAUAAGGCGGCCUGUCUCUCUGAGCUCUUAUUCUGAGUGGACAGCUCUGAUGUCCUCCUGCCCUGAAAAAGGUCGUCAGUCAGAUAAAGUCAGAGGUCGUUAUCGAUCCAGCACUUACAAGUCAGUUCAGUUUCUUCCAGUGUAGACCCACGAACUGUCCUCCAGUUGAAAAAGUUGUUAUGAUGGGCCCCUGCUACUAAGGGAAAGCAGACAAAUAUAAUGUGAAGAGUUUUCUAAGGCCUCCCAGAGUGCACUUGGUCCACACCAUGAGGAGACGACAAGCAGUGAAGGUCCAGAGGGAAAUAUGACCUGUUAGCUACAGUGAGACGACAUCAACCUACCGAUUGGUUUUCAUGGCGAAAUAGAAAAGGCUGAGGUUCCUUACUAAGUUUUUACAGUAAAUAACCGUUUAGAGUUCUCAGUGAGUGAAAUAACCUCAGCUGAGUGAUCUUUAAAGAUGUGAAUGACAGGUUUAGCUUAAACCUUAACGUUAUCAAUAAUGUGGUGUUCUCUGCCGCUCAUUAUUCCAACGCCAGCAUGAAUUUCAUGAUUGUUAGAUUGUGCAACUUUCCACCUGAAAUAGUGUGUAGUCAUGAGAGCAUGUGAAUCUUCAGCCCUGUGAUUUCAGAGGGAGCUGAACUGCUUUGAGCUACAUUAACUCGUUAUCUUUGAGAAAAGACAUGACAGAUACACCAGGAGUCUACAGAGUUCAGAGGAAUACAAAGGUCACUUUACCAAUUUUCAUCAUGCUGUCCUGUGUGGCAAACCCCAAUCAUGUGGUGGUCUGUGCUGGUUCAGUGAAAAACCAGCCCCUCUCUUUGAAACCGUUUGACUUGGAUCAGAAAAAUGCACUCAUACUCACAUUUACACACACAGGGCAAGCUUAAUCACAGGUCUCUCAGUUUGCGCGUGGUCACUAAACAGCGUGGCGCCAAAGAGAGAGAAUCCCAGUAACCUGGCACUCCUUGGGGCUCUUGGGUUACAGCAGGGAAGGAGGUGGAGGGCACAGGCAGUGAGAGUCACUUUGAAAGGCGAUCGCUCCACCACAACCUGACAGUCACAAUUCUUUGUUUGCAUGGCGGCCUGUUUCGAAGAGGCAGCUCUGCAGAGAGGUGUGAGUGUUGAUGAGGGUUAGGAGACUUCUGCUCCAACACCAUCAGCUAACAUAGACAGUUUACAGUCCCUGAGGUGGGUGGUCCACAGGACUGACAAAACUGCAGCUGAAUCAAAACCAUGACCUUGAGGUUACCUGACAGUCCGUCACACUGGAUGCCCGGACAGAGAGAAGUCUGUGUGACCCCCUUACUGGGGACUUUGAGAGCCUGUAACGUGUCUCUGAGGUUGUUAUAGAGACAGCAGUGAUUGUCAGGCAGACUGAGAGGCACUGUGGUCUGGGAGCUCACCCUCCUGCUGUGAUAGAGCUCAGGGAUUAAGGGGCACAACAAGAGCGUUCCUGCUCCAUGGGUCAUAAUGACACCCUGUUCUGGUUUAGGACUGUCCCUUUAACAUACAUGAGUUUAAGACUCUCCGCUGCUCUCCCCUUUCAGCCCGUUUCCUUCAUUUCACUCAGCACUGCUGUCUACUGCCAACCAGAUGUUGUUGUAGAGUGCAGCAGAAAAUCCUUUGGACCAAUCAAAGGCCGUAUUGAUUUCAUUUGCCUGAUUGGUCGUCCAAAUGGCUGUAACACCAGCCGAUGUCCUCACCCGCUGGUCUUUCGCCAUAAUGAGCUCAUAUUACUGUUUUACUGUAUGCCCUGAGAUUAAUCCGCUGAUAUUAUAGAGAUGGUUUGGAUUUCAUCUGGCUCGCUCGUCUCUCCAUUACCCUUUCCAAAGGCCAUGGGUCGGCUUAAUAAUUAUGUUUGAAAUGACGACAGAGAAAGUACAACAUGAACCUUUAUCUUUUAGCACAGAUGUUUUGUGUCUCGGUUACCAGAUCCCCUUUCACGAAAUGAGUUCCCACUUAACUCUUUGUCAUUUGUUGUGGUUUCAUGCGUCCCCUUAGUAACCAAUACAUAUGAAAUCACAGCAUGCUGCUUGUGUCGUGCAGACGGAUUUAUGGUCCUGUGUUGUGUGUAAUGGGAGCUGGCUGCUGUAUGUGAAUGACUUUAGCUUGCCACCUCUGAGCCCGACACUGCUGUCCUCUUCUAUUGUCUCCGGCGCUAAAAGUCUCUGAAACAAACUCCCACUUUGACAGAAUCUGCAGCCAACUGCAGGAUCUCACCUCAGGAAACAGCUCUUAUUUUUUUCUGCUCUCAGUUUUCGCUGCCUUUAUUUGGGAUAUUUUAUAGCCCCGUGUAAUCCGAUCCCACCACAUGGGUAUUCGCUGAGCGUUUGAAACUAAAACGCAGUGGGACAGAGGGAGUACUGAACCCCGCUUUGGCCUGUGCAUGUGAGUCCAUGUUAUGUGUGUGAGAGAGAAAAAAGGCCAGAUGUUCUUGGUUUGAUUGUGCCCUGUGCGACAGCUAUCUGAGUGUUGACAUGACUAAAAGGCCUCGCUCUCAGUGUUUACGCAGACAGACUGGGCGGAUUAAAGGAAGAGAGUCCAAUCAGGGCAGGGCCGAUAGAAGAACAGUGAAAUAUCACAGAGAACCAGCCAGGACUCUCCGACCUCUCACCACUCUUUCUCUCUUUCUGCUCUCUCCACCUCAUGAACAGACUCCCUGUUUAUCACUGUAUGGCAGUGCCAGAGUCAGUGCCACGCCCUCUUGUGGACAACGCAAGUGUGAACACCCUCCAGUCAGUCCCUCCGCCUGUCAGCCCACCAGAGUGCUGCUCUGCCUGUGGACCAGCAGGGUGCCAAACCAAGAAGCAGUCCAGAUGGUCAUAAAAUCACAAAUCAAAGAUGGGGAGGAACACGGCGCAGCAGCCGCUCAUUUUAUCUUGGACCAAAGAGUAUUUCUGAGCGUUGUGUUGUGGUCAGUGAGAGGUUAAAUACGGAGCAUCGCAGAUCUUCUGCCUGUCUGACAUUGACCUAAAGUGUGUCUGUGUGUGUGCGCUCCUCCUCCUCCUCCUCCUCCUGCGAUCCUCAGCAGACAGGCCUUAGAUCAGCCUUGUGUGGUCUUCUCAGAUGGAGCCUGAACAUGAUCUCUUUCCAGGGGAAACGGUUUGUUUUCUCUGCCCGCCUCGCACAAAGAGCCACAUUGUUCCUCUCCCCAUAUCCCACGCUGACUCCCUACUCCAGGUUUUGAGUUACCUGGCCGACGGGGGCUCAGACUUCAGGAGCUUUUUUUAUUUUUUUGAGCGACAGCCAGGAAAAUGGUAUACCCCACCCCCCACCCCCACGCCUGUUGCCCAAUCUAAAUACGGUACACAGCAACAUACAAAUUCUGAGGUUUGAUUCGAACAACUGGUUGCUUGUGAGGCGUUCCUCUGCUCGUGUCCUUCAAGAGAGGAGAUAAAUCUACUCAGAUGUCCUCACCAUGGUGCAGAGAUCCUCACUGAGCUGUCCAGACAGACAACUGAGGAGAAAAGAUGCUUCUGCUGUGUCCUCCAAAGAAAGUCGAACAGAAGAUGUGAGGGUACGUCUGCUGGACUGCAGGAGCAGAGAGGGUCUGAGAACUUUGAGGUGGUCCUGAUGACGCUGGUCUAUAAAUGUGUGAUAUCCAGACUCUCCCUCACCUGACCUGCCAAAGCUUGGACCUCUUAUCUGAAACACUUUGAGCUCCAGGUCUCAUGUGUGAGCUUUAAAAUCCUGACUUUUUAUGACACAUGGCAGUUAGACUUCCCCAGAUUCGUUUCUGUUAUUGUUUGUAAUUUUACCAAAUGAGGUAUUAUACUCACCUGUCAGUGCUGUAUACAGCAGUCAGUAUUACACCGCCCACCACUGGGGAUACCUGGGAUUAGAUCCAGCUAGAUCACCGAGAGGCUUUGUCAGAUUUCAGUUUUUCCAGCUGAACUCAUCACAGAUAUUAUUUGAUGUUGUAUUAACUUAUGGAUGAUGUAGAUCUGCUAUAUUUCUGCGUUUCUUUCUCUAUAACGGUUGUAUUUUGUGCCCGCUAAAGCCCUUAAAUGCCCUCUCCCUGUUUUUAUGUCUAUAUACUGAUUCCCCACUAGAGAGCAGUGUUAGCCUUUGUAACUUUGCACCUGCCUUUUCCUGACAAAAGCACCAAGAGGCCCAGAGGAAGCCGAAGAGCCAAUGAGCACAGUACUGCACCCAGUGCCACCAAACUGACUUCAAAUGCCAAGUGGAGCUUCUCCGCCAUGUCUCUGCCAUUUUUCCCUCGCCACAUCUAUGAAAAAAUGAGGCGCUCUUUAGAGGGUCCCCUUAAUGAGGAGUUUAGAGGUCUCCUGGGACGAGCAGUCAUCAUCACCCACUCCCAGAAUAACUCCAAAUAUGACCCAGCCCGGCCGUCAUUCCAAAACAACAUCAGCCCCCCCCCCCCUCCCCAGACUCAUUCUAACCUGCAUCUUCACCACGGGGUCAUGCCAUCAUGUUGGUGUCAUCAGGGACUCUUUGUUCACGUAUGACUCAGUGACGACAUAAAUAGCCGUGUGGUCAACAAGUGCUCCUGCUCUGACACCAAAGGCCAAACUCAGACGUUUUCACACACUGCCAUUGUUGGUUUGAUCGCACACUUAGGGUCUUUGCCAUUUCCAACCUGAUUCUGGAUCAGUUCUUCUUAUCCACAGUUUGGACUCUACAAAUCUAUUUUUUUGUUAGAAACUCUGUUGCCUGAAAGUCCCUCUCUGACGUCCCUAAUCCAAUAUUAUCUCACUGUCUAAAUACAUUAUCCACAGACUGUUUGUAUUUGAAUAUAGAUUAUUAAAAAGCUUUGGUGGCAAAUUCUUUGUAAAGUGAAAUAAAUAAAAGUUAUUCCAGGAGAAAGGAGAAGGAAGUUGUGUUUGACAGAUCUGUGUGUUUUUAGAAACUGUUUUUUUGUCUCCCUGAUUAUUGAAAAAGUUGUCCUCUGACACUCGUGUGAGUCAAAGUGUCCAGAAAUGAUGCUGUAGAUGAGGACAGCUCUCUCUCUCUGUGUGUGUGUGUCUCUCUCUCUCUCU